CGUUGACAGCAAGCUACAGAACGGGACCAGAAGCUUGGUGAAAGUUAACGGUUCUCUGGCGAAAAGUGCGCUUCAAACCUGGUUCUGUAGUCUGUUUCCUCUGGCGGUAUUUUGCGGAAAUUCACAACACAGAUUUACGUUUUGCAGGCCUGCACUUGCCCUUGGGUUUGUGGUUCUUAUUAUCUUUAUUUAAUUACAAUAACGUGAAACCCUCGGAUCUGCCAUGGCAAAUGGAUGUGUCCAAGUUUUCGGUUUCUUUUUAGCCUCUGUGGGACUUAUCUGUCUGAUUACAUCCACUUCUGUGAACGAAUGGAAAACCUACAGUCACUCACACGAGGGGAUGUUUAAGUCGUUGAUGAUCAACGUCGGGCUCUGGAUGGAGUGCUCAGUGCCCAGCACCGGCAAAUGGGAAUGCUCUACGUUCGACUCAGUUCUCCACCUAUCGACGGAGGUCCAGUGGACCAGGGCCAUGAUGAUCAUCAGCAUCAUAUUGUCAGUGUGUGGGUUGGCUGUGGCCGUGUUGGGCAUGAAGUGCACAAUGUGCGUAGAUGAUGACAACCGGAUGAAAAACAAGGUGGCGUUCAUUGGAGGGAUCCUUCUCAUUUUGUCAGGGGUCUGUGCCUUAGGAGUAGUGUCUUGGUAUGCCCACGAUGUGAUCACAGGCUUCCAUCAUGCUAGAGAAGGUCACCUCAGGUACUCCCUGGGCACAUGCCUGUUUUUGGGUUGGGGUGGAGCUUUCCUGUCCAUCUUGGGAGGGGUGCUCCUGGCCUGCUGUAGUUUGUCUCGUUCCUCCUCACAUAGAAGCUACAUAUCGUCUGCUGCCCAGAUGACUCCUGGCAAGGACUAUGUGUAGGAAUCCCAUGGAACAUCCCAUGGGACGAGCUUGGUGCCAUUCCCCUGUCACUGUGCAGGAGCUCUGUGCAGGCAGACCACAACAUGGUACUAUUAACAGUUUCUCAGCUGGUGGUGGGUUUUUUUGUCACAUGUAUGAAAUACAACCACUGAGAAUCUUCAUAAACCAACGACGAGGCUUACAGACAACUAUAAAAUUAAAAUGCUGCAGCUGUCAGCUUAACUAUGUUUUCAAAAAUAUUUGUCUAUUAAUUUGCUUAUUUUAUUGUGUUUUUCUUUUUUAAGAAUCAGUAUAGGCCUACUUGGGGUGGUAAUUUUGCAAUACUCAAUUAUUACCUUCAUAUGCGUCUUUCCUUAUUAACUUACAUGUGUAGUUAUGAAGAAUUCAAAUGAUCAGUCGAUGUGUUUGUUUGCUGAUUUUUUAUGUAUUAGCCUACAGAGCCCUGGAGGUGUCAUCGCAAGAUAUUUUUGUAUAUUGAGAAAAUGUGCACUCAUUUUUACUAAAUUUUGCACUCAUUUUACUAAAUUUUGCGCUCAUUUUACUAGACUGUGUGUGUGUGCACAAUUUAGUAUAUUGUUUGUCCAUUUUACUACAAAGUGUGCUCGUUUUAUUAAAUUGUGCGGUCAUUUUACAAAAACUAAAAUGAGAGCACAAUUUAGUCAAAGGAGCACACUAGUAAAAUGUGCACACAAUUUACUCAAUUGAGAGCACAAUCUUGAGAGCACGAUUAGGCUAAGUAAAAUUAGCACACAAUUGAGUAAAAGGAGCUACUUGUUUCUAGAUAACUUUUGUUAUCUAGAGAAAUGCAACUAAUAUAAAUGUAAUAUAAUAAUAAAUGUCAUUGUCUUGUCCUUGUUUCAAAUGAUUUGGUCAUUUAGUAUUUGAGUGCCAUGGAGAAAGUGAACAAAGCAUUUCACUACAUAUAGUGACCAAUACAUUUGAAUUGAAUUGAAUUUACAGAGAAACAUAACUCGAUCUAUGGACAUAGAUCAAAACACCCAUCAGUUGUAUGUGACCAUGGUCGUAGUAUGCCUGUAAAUUAUGAUGAUGAUGUACAUACUGUAAUUCUACUGUUUUUGUAUUAGUCUCUUUUUAUAAGUAGCCAGUUCUGGAUGACAUGCAUGUUGUGUCCUUUGUUUCGCCUAUUUUUGCUAUGUCUGAUGUGUUACAGUACAUUCCUUUCAUGCUUUUAAUUACUAAAUCAUAAAUGUAAUGUACAUCAUCAUACUGUAUUAAAAUAUUUGCAUUGUA